UGGUCCCAGUCUCUCUCAGUGGUGGGAUGCUCUGCAGUUCUGCACGCUGAGGUGAAUCAAAGCAGCCGCUCGGCUUCUACCAAAAGGCCAGAAAGGAUCUGCUGCGUCAUUCAGCUUUGACAGGAGUUGGAUGGGUGCUUUUUCAUCAUGCUCACAUCUCUGUUUCUUUGUGGGGCACUUGGAGUGCUGGUGAUCCCGGCGCGAUCUGAGCUGAUCUCUGUGUGCUUGGAGGAAGAUAAUGACCUGAGAGUGGACUGCCGGAUCGAGCCCAAGCCCAACAAAAUCAACAGCUACGAGUUCUCCUGGUCGUCCGGGACCAAGGAGAGCCUCAUCAACACCAAUGUUUCCGGCUCAGCCGCAGAGGCGCAGUUCAGAGACAAAAGCGAGGUGGUGGAGCUUGAGCCCCACGGCUACAAGAUGACCUUAAAAGGCUUCACAGAGAUGCUCCCACACAACACCACCUACAUGUGUAAAAUAUCCGGGCAGGUUGAAAGUGUCCUUGUGGAGAAAGAAAAACUGGAGCCGUGCUCGGCCGUGAGCCUGUUUCUGAAGAGCUCAUGGUCCUGGAUCGUCCCACUCCUGAUCUGCCUCUAUCGUGCAAACUGCUAAAUAAAAUGUAACACUCCUGCUUGUGCUGAUCCACACAGAAAUAAGGCCCGCCCUGCGUCUGUCUGUUUGUUGACAAAACAGCUUUAGGUUUGAUCAGCCCCUCCUGUAUUCCCUUGUAUAGCGAUGAAAUGAUUUGAUCGAGGAGAAUGUCUCAGAACGUUUGCAGAUGUUUUGCUUCUGAACUGCACAGUCUUUGCGAUUUAAUGCGCUGCGUGAACUUGCACAUGUGUAUAUAUAACGAUGCAGCUCUGGUUUUCAAUAAAAGGAUGCCACAUAAAGUCAAACAA